UAAAGGUGAAGAUAAAAUCUUGCAACAUUCAUCAUCUCCUAACGUCUUCUACAAGAAAACUAGAUUGAAAUUGAAAGAGAGGAAAAAAAAAAUACAAAAAAAGAAGCAUAGACUCAAAAAAGCAGUAAAAGAGACCAUCUUCAAGACUCUUUACUCCCAUUCUCACUCUUAGGGUUCACAUCGAUCGAAUUCAUAAUGGAAGGUGAUAGGAAUUUGGAGUCGAAAAUAGAGAUGCUGUUAAAUGUGGAGAAGCAGAUGCGGCAAGCUGGAGAUGUUGCGGGUACGAGGAAAUCCGCCAUUGAUAUUCUUCAGCUCUGCUUUGAGGCUCGUGCAUGGACUACACUUAAUGAGCAGAUUGUUCUAUUGUCUAAGCGUCGUGGACAAUUGAAACAGGCUGUACAGGCUAUGGUCCAACAAGCGAUGCAGUAUAUUGACCAGACACCUGAUCUUGAAACUAAGAUAGAACUCAUCAAAACCCUUAACAAUGUGUCUGCAGGAAAAAUAUAUGUUGAAAUUGAGAGAGCCCGUCUGAUUAAGAAGCUUGCAAAAAUUAAAGAAGAACAAGGACUCAUAGCUGAGGCUGCUAAUUUGAUGCAAGAAGUUGCGGUUGAAACUUUUGGAGCAAUGGCAAAAACAGAGAAGAUUGCUUUUAUUCUUGAACAAGUGCGUCUCUGUUUGGAUAGUCUAGAUUAUGUGCGUGCACAAAUACUCUCAAGAAAGAUCAAUCCCAAAGUGUUUGAAGCCGAUCCUUCUAAAGAAAAGAAGAAACCAAAAGAAGGUGAUAAUGUAGUCGAAGAGCCUGCUCCAGAUAUUCCAUCAUUGUUAGAGUUGAAGCAGAUUUACUAUGAAUUGAUGAUUAGGUAUUACUUUCAAAACAAUGAUUACCUUGAGAUAUGUCGCUGUUACAAGGCCAUAUAUGAAAUCCCUUCUGUAAAGGAAAACCCAGCACAGUGGAUACCAGUGCUGAGGAAAAUUUGCUGGUACUUGGUAUUGUCACCGCAUGAUCCUAUGCAAUCAAGUCUUCAUAACUUAACUUUGGAGGACAAGAAUCUUUCGGGGAUCCCUCAUUUCAGGCUGCUUCUGAAACAAUUAAUUACCAUGGAAGUCAUUCAAUGGACAUCAUUAUGGAAUACUUUCAAGGAUGAGUUUGAAAAUGAGAAGAAUAUGCUUGGUGGCCCUUUGGGUGACAAGGCAGCUGAAGAUCUUAGACUGAGAGUUAUAGAGCAUAACAUUCUUGUUGUCUCAAAAUACUACUCAAGAAUAACUUUGAAGAGAUUAGCAGAUUUAUUGUGCCUUUCCAUCCAGGAAGCCGAAAAACACCUUUCAGAAAUGGUUGUAUCAAAAGCACUUGUUGCAAAGAUUGAUAGACCUGUGGGUAUAGUCUGUUUUCAAUCUGCAAAAGACAGCAAUGACAUACUAAAUUCCUGGGCUUCUAAUUUGGAAAAGCUGCUUGACCUUGUUGAGAAGAGUUGCCACCAAAUUCAUAAGGAGACAAUGGUGCACAAAGCUGCAAUAAGGGCUUGAAAUAUUGGCAGGACUCCAAAGGUAGCUCAUCAAUUAUGGUAAUUGUAAUCAAGGAGCAGUUUUGUGCCAAAAUUGAAAUCGUUUUCCAGUCUGUCUGCCCGACCCUCAAAGGGGAAAAAGCUCGUACUAUCAAUCCUUCCACCCCUGUUAUAUUCAUCUGCCUGCUCGCUUUCCUCAACUUCCCUGGCUUACACUUUCUUGUUUUGUGUUCUCCUGAUGCUGCUUUACUCAUUGUUUUCAACAACGUUUUUCAGUUAUGCUAAGAGAUCACAGGUUAAUAUACUCUUCGAGUUAUUCGUCAAAUUGUAUCAGAUGAUGAUUGAAGAAUAUACUAGGUUGAUAUCAAUCAUGUGCUGUCUUGUUUACUCAAGUAUGUCAAGAUAUUUAUACUUGCAUUUUGUACGA